UUGGCGUCCACCGAUUGAUAAAAGAUUUUUACUACGGGUUUUCUAUGUAUUUAGAUCAAUAGGACAUUUCUUUAUCCGAAGGAUUUGUUUUCUAGUGAUGAUUUUAUAGUAUAAAUAUGUUGUUACCGUGAUAACUUUGUUUGGGAUUAGCUGCUGUGGAUUCAUUUGUAAACAUCGGGAACGCAGGCCCCACGUCUAUGAUUUCUUAUUGGCACCAUGGCGGAAAUAGUGUACCCGCAAGGCUGCCGCCCAAUUACCGAUGACCUUGGACCUGACGAGCUUGUUCGGAGACUUAAGGCCUUGGCACACACCCUUCAGGGAUUGGGCCAAGAUGAAGGCAUGUACCAGCAGUACAUACCUCUGGCGCUACACCUCGCGGAUGAGUUUUUUCUCACGCACCCAUCACGCGACGUGCAGCUGCUUAUCGCAUGCUGUAUCGCCGACGUGCUCCGUGUGUACGCACCGGAGGCACCGUACAAGGAUCAAGAACAGGUGAAAACGAUAUUCCUGUUCCUAAUCAACCAGCUACAAGGUCUCCGGGACCCAAAAGACCCAGCUUUUAAACGGUAUUUCUACCUGCUGGAAAAUCUGGCGUAUGUCAAAUCAUUCAACAUGUGCUUCGAGCUGGAAGACUGCCAGGAGAUAUUUUGUGCACUGUUCUCUCUUAUGUUUAAAAUUGUCAACACUGAACACUCAUCCAAAGUAAAGUCGUUUAUGCUGGACGUGCUAUGUCCGUUGAUCACGGAAUCUGACGUGGUGUCAAACGAACUUUUAAACGUAAUCCUUAUGAACUUGGUUGAGCCGAAUAAGCGCGAACAUAAACAUGCGUACGCGCUUGCGAAAGAGCUUAUAAUAAAGACCAGUGAAACAUUAGAACCCUACAUACAGGCGUUCUUUAAUCACGUUCUAAUAUUAGGAAAAGAAGAAAAAAAUCUUGUUAUAUUUUCAAAAGUGUAUGAAUUAAUAUACGAAUUAAACCAAUGUUGUCCUUCCGUAUUACUAUCAGUACUACCGCAAUUAGAAUGUAAACUGAAAUCUGCUCAAUUCCAAGAGCGACUGAGCGCCGUAGCAUUACUUGCCAGAAUGUUCUCUGAACCGGGAUCCGAGCUUGCUAAGCAAUAUCCGGCGUUAUGGCGAGCAUUUCUAGGCAGAUUUAACGACAUUUCCGUACAAAUAAGGAUCAAAUGUGUCCAGUACUGCAUGCAUUUCCUUGUACACCAUCCGGAUUUAAGAAAGGAUAUAACAGAAACGUUAAAAAUGAGACAGCACGACGCUCACGAACAAGUUCGUUACGAAGUAGUCAUGGCUAUAAUAGCGACAGCUCAAAGGGAUUUCCAAGCUGUGGCUGAAUCGGAAGACUUAUUACAUUUCGUCCGAGAGAGGACUCUAGAUAAGAAGUUUAAAAUACGUAAAGAAGCAAUGUCUGGCUUAGCGAUGAUAUAUAAAAAAUUCCUGACGGAAGAAUCUGUGCCACCGGCAACAGAAAGAGCUGUUCAGUGGAUCAAGGACAAAAUUCUACACGGUUACUAUAUGACUGCUUUGGAGGAUCGAUUGUUAGUGGAGAGACUCCUAAAUACUUCACUAGUUCCAUAUACACUGCCAGCACCGGUGAGGAUGAAGAAGCUCUUUUAUUUAAUGUCAAAUGUCGAUGAUAAUGCUACAAAAGCGUUUAUAGAGCUGCAGAAGCAUCAGUUAGCUGUGCGGAGGACGGUAGCCGAAUGGAUUGAUCUCCAUAGAAAACCCCCGACGCCUGCGGUACAGAAGGAAAUGAUUGCUAAAGUUUUACACAUUAGUUCUAAAUUCUUGCCGGAAUCUGUGAAGGCGCAGGAGUUUUUAAAUAAGUUCUCUGGCCAUAUGAAGAAAGCUCCGGAGUUGUUGCAAGGGAUGGAGACGAUUUUGAGUCCAAAUGUCAGCUGCGAAGUUUGCGUGCGCACAACAUCAAAUGUGCUCAAAAAACUUGGACAACCAGUAAUGACUAAUCUCUAUUACAACACAGUGAAGAUGCUCCUCGAGAGAGUGAGCUCUGUAAUGGUGGACCAUGAUUCUCUUCUCAUACUUGUCGGUUUUGUGGAGGGAGCUGUCAAAGGCACGGAUUCGUCAAUAGCUGAGGAAUGUGGUAUCGACAUAAAGAAAGCAGCAGAACGCGGUCUGAAGCUCCUCGUGAUGCUAUCGUUCGUGUUCCCCGCUCACUUUCUUCACGAAGACGUAUUGAGUCGGCUGACUUCACUCUUGGAAAUGGACGACGAAAACGUUGCCCCGCAUAUACUUGCCGCUCUCACCUUCCUGGGCAAAUAUAGACCAUUGAGCGAAGCGUGUCCAACAUUAUUCCCAAAACUGAUAACUCUCUGCAAGGCGUAUGCUGAAGUUGGAUCACCGAAACAAGCAAAAAACGCUGUCAGAUGUCUAUUCGUAAAUGUGCCGGAGCAGCGUUCGCAGAUAUUCACGGAAAUACUGGAAACACUGAAGUCUACCCUUAGCCCGCACUCGGAGCACUACCGAACUGCCAUCGUCACUCUCGGACACAUCGCGCAUAACCUGCCUGAGAACUUCCCGGUUAUUAUCAAGAAUAUUGUCUCUAGGAAGAUAGUGAAAGAGUUACUGGUCAGAGAAGGCGGUGGAACCACUAACACGGUAGAAGGCGAUUGGUGCGAUGAAGAGGACUUGCCAGAGGAAACUCGCUGCAAACUAGAAGGACUCAAAUGCAUGGCCCGUUGGCUUUUGGGGCUCAAGAAAGAUGAAUUAUCGGCUCAGAAGACGUUCAGGAUGCUCAACGCGUUUAUCAUGCACAAAGGAGACUUAUUACAGCAAAAACGUGUAUCUGCCGCCGAAAUGGCGCACCUCAGACUGGCGGCGGGCGCUGCGAUGUUGAAGAUUUGCGAGCAGAAGGGCGUCGGAGAUCAGUUCACCGCCGAUCAGUUCUACAACCUCUCGCAUCUAAUGGUGGAUAGCGUACCGGAAGUGCGGGAAGCAUUCGCUGCAAAACUACACAAGGGUUUAUCAAAGGGUAUACCAAACAAAUGUCUGCCGUUGGACUUCAUGGGCAUGUACGCCUUAGCUGGACGGGAGCCGGACAAACGCAUACGUGGCCUAGUGCGGCAGUACAUGCUAGCGGAUGUCGUGCGACGCAGGGAGUACGUGCGGAACAUCACUGUAGGCACCAAAGUUGAAAAGGCUGUAAGUCAGUUGCCGCACAUCCUGCCGGAUUACAUGAUGGUGUUUGCAGUACCAGUAUUGGCCCACGACCCAGCCUUCAUUACAUAUGAUAACGUUCCACAACUCAAGAUGGUAAAACAAUGCCUCUGGUUCGUACUGGAGCCACUCAUAACUCGCAACGAUUUCUACUGCUACGGCUUCUACAAGAGCCUUGUGGAGCGGAUGAAGAUGCACAAGGACGCCCUCAAUGAAAUGGACGAUAGUAUGAACUAUAAACUAUGGGCUACCUGCGACCUGGCGAUGUCAGUGAUUUGGACGCGGUCGACUAGCUUUGAAUUGCGCGACUUCCCAUCGGACGCCCGCAUUCCUACUAUGUACUUCGCGCCGCAGCCAGAGUAUUUCGUCAACACACGCGUAUUUUUGCCUCCAGAACUUCAGUUCCAACCUAAGAAGCAGACGGUCACGCAAACGGAUAUUAACUCCCGCGGAAAGAAACGUACGCGCACUCCCGACGAGAAGGAGUCUACAAACGCUAAUGACGUCGAGCCCUCUGAAGCAUCAGAUACCCAGAUAAUACUGCCCGGACUAGAACAACCUCCCGAAACGGAAUUGGAAGAACCGCUGUCCAAGCGUGUCCUGAAUGACUGAGCGGCUUCGUACCCCGGGAUGUAUUCUGACCCACGAGGUUUGUUUUGUAACUUUGCAAUCGGUGGCAAUGUCUAAAUUAUUGUAUACUUACUGUCAUAAUCUGUGAAAUUUCAAGGUUUUUUUUUGAUCUUGAAAUCUGUGUAUUACGCGAUGACAUUUGAACUGUGUAUGUGCGUGAAUAGUGCGCCCGGCCUAAGUGUAGAGUUGUCAAAGGCGCCACUUGAUUUUUUUUUACUGGCCCAGAAACCAAUGCCGUACAGCUUUGGGUUCUUAUGAGCCUCAGCACCGUUUUUUUUUAUUAAUUCGGUUAAUAGCUCUAGAUUCUGUCUGAUUCGGUGCUUUGUGCAUCUUCUAUUUACCAAAGUAUAUCAACACCAAAAUGCACUAAAACAAAUUCAAUUGAUAGGCCCCAAAAGUAGUGCUGUCCUUUACAAACUGAAAAAGCAUAGCACUAUUUUUGGCCUAGUCAAUUAAGGUAGAAGAUUUUUGUACAACAGAAUUAGCGCCAUUGAGAAAUGUUUAGUUCUACGACCAUUUAGGGCACAAGGCGAUGGGUUUCAUUACAAAUGUCGUCAUAUUCGCGUCACGGCCCUCUGAGACCUGCUGGUCCAUGCAAAAUAUACGACGACAACUUCAAGAAUAUACUGCGGCAAGCCUUGUCACCGGGCGCUCAAGACAUUUCUCCGCAGGCUGGGUUCACUAUGCAAAUUUAUAAAGUGUCAGUUUUUUUAACUUUGUAUUCUAUAGCAAUGUCUAAGUUCUUGUCCUUCAUAUUUGAUGUACCAAAGUUCGCUUUCUAUAAAUUCUCUUUAAUCUGUGACAAUACUUAAAUUAUUAAAAUUUUAUACUGCAUCUGCAUUACCGUGAUUUUUUUUCGCUAUUACCAAUAAUCUACCAUAAUCAUGUCAAAUCUCUAUAAUGUUUUUUAAUUCUUUUUUAAUAUAUACAAUCGUAAAUGGUCUUUAUAAAUUAAAAAAAAUAACGCUGUAUAUCAGCCUUAAUCUUGAGAAUGUUUGUUAAACCUAUCCAAGUCCUUAGUUUUGUAUAAAUUACGCCUUAAUAAGAUUUCAGUAUAGAAUUUUAAGAUUUUUUAUUUUUGUGCGCAUAUCUGGUAUCAUGGUAAAUUUCGCCUUUACAGAAUAUCAGUUUUCAAAUAAUCAAUUUCCUAACAAAGUGUGUGUUUAAUUUUAGGUACAUUAAGUAGAAUUUACAUCACGACAAUUAUUUUAGUCUGUAGUUACUCAAAUAAAAAAGCCACCCUUAUUCAUUUUCAAUCAGAAUAUAUUCCUGCCGUUCCUAUAUAGCCUCAGGGCAUCAUCCAGUCAGUGGUCUAGUCACAAGAACAACUGUCCUAUUUUUCUCAAAAAUUAACCUAGCUAGAAAGGGAACAGCCUAACGGAAUGCGGUUUUAUUAAGGUGGCUCUAGCCGACCACAUCUCUACACAAAAUUUUACGGUGGAUAAUUCCACUAUUAAUUGCUCCAAAUCCUAAAGUAAGCUAGAUAUCGCUUUAUUAAAGCCAUUAUAUUUAGCUAAAUCUAAAAAAUAUUUAAAAAAAAUGUAUAACUUUUGUACAUAGAGCGUAAUAUUGCCAUAAAACUGAGAUAUUGCUGACUGACUGACUGAGCCUGCCAGACAACGUAUUUAAUUUUCAAAUAUUGUUUUGAUUUAGGUGUAAAUAACGCUAAGAUUACUAUAUCUAGCUUACUUUAGGCCUAAAUAAUAGUUUAUACUAGAAAUAUCUAGCGAUAACUUCAACUUUGGUAUGAAUGCAACCUGGCCAGAGCCACUUUAAGCUAACCUAACCUAACAUUUGCAGGUUAUUGACUAGACAUAAUAUGGUAUAAUUACGCUUAAAUAAUCGAAGACUGGCUAUUUAUAACCCGAUCGAUAUCAACAAGGACAUAAGAUUAAUAUUUGAUUGAGAAAAUCUUGCUACACGGUUAAGACGUAAUAAAUAUACAGUAUUUAUAAUGCGAAAUUUGGAAAGUCCUGUAUUUGUUGAUAUAUUUUUUAGGUGCUGACAACUUAACAGACUAAAAAUGACAUAUAACUAAGGCGCUGCUUAAAUCUAGGGAAUUAAUAACUGCGACCAUGGUAUCCUGUCAAAAGUGUCUACAUUUGCGCAUCGCAGCUAAAACUGUACUAUGUAUGAACAAUUGAAGAAUAUCCUUUUUUAGUAAGAUCAAAAAGAACUUGUACACUUUGGCCACCUCAGCUCACGCUAGCGCUCGCACGUAAUUUUCGUGCGAAGGUGUGGUAUUCGCUAAAUAUCGCCACUACUCUUUCUAUGAUCAGGGGUUUUCAUCGGUUUCACGUUACGCUCUAACUCAAGAAUACAAGGGAAAUAAGUAAAAAUAUUUCCCUUUUCCUAAUUAUGACAUUGAAAUGAUAUUUGCCUGAGCAUGAGACAAAUAAUCGCAAAACUAAGAAGAUUUGUUGCCUGGCGCGUAUUGUGGUUCUGGUUCGAUCUAAACUGGUCCAAAAUCAUAUAGAUUUUGUAUUAAUAUUGAUGAAAAUCAAUAAGAAAUAAUUUAAUGUAACUUUUAGUAUAUUUAAGAACCAUUGUGAGGUUUAACCUGAACUUUUUAUUUUUUAUGAAAGUAUUUUACAUGUAAAGACUUGGCAGAUUUAAAUGUUUGCGUUGAGGACGCAAUCAUAUUCAUAUGAAUUUCUAUAUUAAUAUCACUAAAGAAUUAUUGAAGGCUAAUUUAGUCUUUUAGAGUUACGCUAAUUUAGAUUUGUACCUAUUGUGGUUUAUUUUUUCACACUUCGCUGUUUUUAUUGUUAAGAGGCUGGUGCAGUUUUUCUCAUUUGAAUUGGUGGAUCUAUUUUUCCAUAAUGGAUAAGUUGUAAAGCAACAGGAUGCAGAUCAAUCAGAAAAUCAUUAUGUUUACCGAUGGACAUAGAUCUUUUUUUAGCAUUUCUAAAUACCAGACUAUCGCUUGCGACCAACGGCUCUCUGCAAAUCGUUUGAUGUAAAAUUUCCACUUAUUCGGGGUCAAAUAACGCUGCAUUUUCUA